AUGUCCAAACUUCAAAAUGCAUGCUCUCCUCUCUUCAGUGCGAAAGAGAUUGACUUGAUAGGGAGAUGGAAGAAGGGUAGCACCACGUCAUCUCGGAAAUGUGUCCACAAGAAAAUAGCGCAGCCAAGGGGUUGCCCGGAUCGUGUCAAGGGUGGGUUCCACCUAGCUGAGGCAAUGGGCAUUGAGAAGCAUGAAAUGACUCUAGAAUCUGUUCGAUCUGCUCUGCAGACGCAUCUGGGGAAGGCAUUCCAUAAUGGCAUGGUUCAACUCCAAAAACUUGACUACAAGGUGCUUUGGCAGAUUCAAAACGAUGUCAUCGCAGAACAUCCAUGGAUUAAGUCAGACUAUGAAGGGGCAUGGCCUAUUCAGGAACUCAUCAGGACAGUGAUAGGAAACUGCAAGACAGGCAUUCAACGAAGCAAGCAAAGAAAAGUCCAUGUGGGUGGAAGUGUCAAGCGGAUCUCAAGGUCGACCAAUGAAGCAGAUGAAGACCACACUGAAUUGGACAAGGAUUGUGGUGGAUCAGAUGCAGACCGUGAAUCGGACGAAGAUCGCAGCGGAUUGAACGAAGAACCUACUGGGACAGACGAGGAUUGUAACGAAUCAGAUGACAGUGGCCGCUGGGGGGGAACUCCUCAGACACGUAGGAAAGGGACGGAAAGUACGAAGCAAUCCUCUGCCCAUAUGAUGAAACACAGCGCUAAAGUUGAUCAUCCAAUCAAAGAGCCAACAGGGCUUCACUUGUGUCUGCACCUGAACAGUAAGAACGCCCAUGAUAUUGUCAACAAUGAAGGUCAUCCUCAUGCAAGUUAUUAUGACAACGACAACGAUAGCGACAAUCCCACAAGUGGAGCUGAGAUCGAGGGUGGUUUCAUGUCUGCCACAAACGAAGCAUUGUGGGGCAAAGGUGUGUCUUUAAAUUUGUCUUUUGUCACGACCAAAACAUACGUCACUUUCUCUCCCGCUCAUUCAUCUCACUCAUUUGGAAUAGCCCGUGCCCUUCCCAGGAAGACAGCCCCACUGGAUGAGGAGUGUGAACUGGGAUCCAGUAGCAAACGCUCGCGAGAGCUGCAUGGUGGAUCAGAUGGGAACCGCACUUGUACUAAACCGGGAAAAGGUACUUAG